AUGGCAAUCUAUUCUUAUCUGUUCUACCAGCAGCUCAAAGGAGCUCCUGAGACCACCCUCAAAUUCCUCCACGACUACCGUCUCCAUCAAUCCCAGCGCCUCACCCCCGUCCGCUUCGAGCCUCUCAAGUUCAUCCCCGAUAUCCACGCGAAGCAGAUCGAGCUCCUCGAGAAACAGGAGCAACAGCGGUUCGAAGUCAAUCGUCGUUACCUGACGAUCCCCUACUUCAAACAACACCACGCCAAGAAGGUUGCCAGGGUCAAGGCCAGAGCGCGAGCCCGAGCUGCACGAGCUGAGCUUCUUCGACUUUGGGAAAUCGACGGUCGAGACCAAGACGAAGAGGACGACGGAUUUGUUCUCGUUGAGAAGAAUAGCUUGAGUGGAAUCCAGGCCGACGAAAUGGUUCAGCUUACCGAGGUCCCUGACGAGCAUUUCGUCACCCCCCAAGCUGGUCCUAUUGAGGAGGAUGAUGCUGAUUACACCGAUACUGACUCCGAGAUCUCCACCGACUCCGAAUUCGAUCCCGAGGAAGAGUCCCUCGCCGAUCGCCUCUACGCCCUCCGCGACAUCGUGCCCCCCACCGCCCGCGGCUGGAUCUCCUCCAAGGUGACCUCCGUCGUCGGCUUCGGCAGUAGCAGCGUCUGGUGGGCCGGCAAGGCCCUCUGGGCCAUCUCCUCCACCGCCCUCCUCCUCGGCGUCCCCUUCGCCAUCUGCGUCACCGAGGAGCAGCAGGUCAUGGCCAUGGAGCAGGAGUACAAGAUGCGCGAGGUCGGCAGCGAGGUGCUCACCGCUGGUGGCGGCGAGCACCAUAGCACUGCUGAUCGCGUUGGUGCUGCUCUUGGCUCUGAUGCCAAGGCUGCUCUGUAA